GCCAAGGAGGGAGGGGUGGAUUGUGAAAGUGAGAGAUCGAGCAGAAGAGAGUGUGAAGCUGCAGCAGCCGGGAGAUAAAAGCUUUUCUCUCCCUCUGCCGGCGUCUGUGAGCGAGGGAUAAAGCAGAGGAGGCAAGCCAGUCGAGGGAGAGACACAUCCAGGCUGCCUGCUGUCACUGGGGCUCCCGGCUUCUCCCGAUCAGCAGGCCUCAAACCACAAACGCACUGUAGGACAAGACACACUCGUGGACACGUAUGCAGCAGGGCUUGCACAGCUGACCGGGGGGACCGCCCAACCUCGUAGGCACAAACACACACACUCUUACUCUCUUCUGGACAGCUACACACUUUCUGUUUCUCCAGCCUCCACCGUAUCAAUCGGAUCAAUCCAGCCAUCCUUGUCUGACAGAGUCACGGCUUCCUUUUAGCAGGAGACGCCCUGUGUUCCUGGUUUUGCUCCCUGCACGUCUUUGUUAUUUAAGGGGAUAUGGAGUACGGAACUACUUGUCCUAGCCUCUGCCACUGUGCUGUGUGGAGUUUAGGACUUUCCUUCACAGGACACUAAAGCACUUUGGCUCUGUUCCAGAUGCACAUCUGUACCUGAAGCAGGUCUGUUACUAGUAUUGGAUCUUGACAAGACCUACGCCGACGGAGGACCGGUUUUCUUCCUCCGUUUCUCCUCUUCUGCCUCAGAGUCCAGUUCCGGCUUCUUUCCCAGAUCCCUCUUCCUAAUUAGAUCUUGUGGACAUGAGGAUUUAUUAAGAGAAGAAAAGACACAAGAGAGGAGGAACAGAUCCCCUGCCUGCUGUUUUUUGUCUCAGCGUAAGAUUUGGUCUAAAUAUCCACCACCUCCUACAAACUGUGGAUUUUGUCAGGCUGUUGCAUCGUCGCACUGCACCACCUGAUGAAGGGGAAGCUUGCCUAAGUAACUGGCAGACUGACAGCAGGACACGGGAGGUUUGUGAUUGGGCAGUGCGGGAACACCAUUCCCAGCCAAUUCGGAUCCUCAGGGACUCUGACAUCGAGGCAGGGGAAUAUUCAGACUGGUAUCCAGGGGAGCAGCAUGCGAUGCUAAGCUGUCUGGGGAGCUUAAGGUGGAGUCUGUCUGUGUUCAGCUGCCUCCAGAUUAGGAGCAGCACCCUGCUCACAGCGGUAUUUUGUUGUUUUUUCAAAAACUGCAACCAGUUGACUCCACAGACCUUGAUGAUCAUUGCAAGACUGUGAACAUUCCUGCCAAUCACUUCAGUGGGAGAAAUUAUCAGCAGCAAUUUUGGAUUCCAACAUAUUGACAACAACUGUCCCUUAAGAGGAGAAACAUGCACACAAGCUAGAACUGACACAUCACAUGAGAUACCAGAUCAAUGAACAGGAUAAGUCGUGGGAGGAAGACAAGAAGAAGCAUCGGGCCGGGAAGCUGAUGCUCUAACUGAGUAUUUAACAAGCUGUCAGAGUAUUGGCUGCAUCUUCCAGCAAUCUGUGGCAGCAUUGGCUGACUGCACACUGUCUCUCACCCACAACCAAUCUGGUCAGUGUGCUGUCUCGGCAGAAUGAGGCGCCGAGCUUGCCGUUACUACAGGAGAUAUCGACGGCAUCACAUUUAAUACGCCUUCCACUGUGAGUGCUGUGACAGAUAGGAUUCCUGCAGAUCUCUAUUGUGUGGCAGACUUACAGUUACAGAUCUUACUUCUCUCCUCUUGCACUGCAAUAACAUUACCAGAGUCUGGGAGAGAGAGCCAUCAUUAAUUCAUGACCUCAGAUUGAUGCUAGAUCUGAGUGUAUAUAGAGCUCUUGAAUUACAGGGGCACCUGGAUCUGACAACAAAUCUUAACAUCACUCUGUUUGUGGUUUAUCUGCAAUCGAAGAAGGAAUCCUGCAGCACAUACAUGCUCAGACUUUCACACUUCCAUCUCAUGUCACACCCAGACCCAUGCAAGGUGUGUGAAGCAGCACUAAUGGGCUGAAUACUGGACUGCACUAUAUUUUUCUCUGACACAUCCUGCCUGACACAUUGCCUUGCACCAGGUAACAGCUCACCUGCCAAAAGCCUGGUAAUAAAUCAGACACCUGACCCUAACCAAAUUUAUUUCCCCCUGCGUGUGGCUCUGCUGACGUAACUGUGUCCUGCUGUCCUUGACUGCAAGCACAAAUCUUCUGGGAUCAAGAAACCAACCAAGUAAAGCAGCUGGCUGCCUGCACAUAUACAUAUGCUUUAAACAGCAAGGGUCUUGGAGCCCCUGCCUGAAUUGAAGUCAGGUGAGGUGAAGGGAAAAGGAAGGGCAGGGUAGCUGUGAUACAUCCGUCUGCAGCUGCCCGUCCAGUGACUGAACCAAUACCUGCCUGAGGAAACUUUCCCCCUCUCUCCUCUUUGGUGACAGCUCAACCAUCCAUCUUUUUAUUCACUAGGUUAUAUUUAAAACACUGCCAUGGAAAAUGGAGCUAAACCUCCUCCCUCUAACUUGACAUUUUUCACAGGUGUCAGAUGUAUGAGGUAACUGUCAGUCACUUGCCGGCACAUCUGAACAUAUCCUCUGUAGUGUCUGUUUUUUUAAGGAUGGGAUUUUGCUUUGAAAGAACUGAAUCAACUGACCUCAGUGUUCAAACCUAAAUGAACAUUUAUUUGACAUAUCUGAUGGAUUAACAGCCUGUAUUUGCUGUGAUUUCUUUUUGAUACACUGUUCUCCAUCGCUGUUUUCAAAAACAUGGGGAACUCCAUGGGCUGUGUUAGGCCUCCUCAUGAGGGGGAACUCCGUGGAGCCCCCCCACUUUCACCAAAGAAGCGUCUGCGUUUCAGGCGUAAGCACAAGGCAAAGAAGAACAGGAGAGGAGAGUUGGACCAGGAGGACUUUGAUUUUCGAAGAAGCCAUGAACCGGACGAAAGAGAGGAUGACGAUGAAGACGAUGAGGAAAAGGCUGCGGGUAUAGAGACAGGAGACUCAGAUUUUAGCAGCAGAGCUAGGACUCCUGUAACAGUGCCUGAUACCCAGUUGAUUCAUUCCAAAAUUAAUUUGCACAGCAGUACCCUUUCCCCUGGCUCUGUGAGUGCCACUGUAGGGGGCUUGUUGGGCAGUAAAAUACUUGAAGUAUCCCCCAAGCCCAGCCCAGCAUGGAGAGGGGUUUUCUGCCUUCCAGGAGAGGAGGACAGUGUUAGUGCCAUCGUAGAUGUCUCCAGUAUCCCAAGCCAAACUACAACCACUACCCCAGUCAACACAGCUCCAGCCCUGGGCUGUACCACUCCAGGUGGGGGGAGGGUCUGCCGUGUAAGGGAGAAAGUUCAAGGAGUCCUCGAGAAACCUUGGAUACUCCGACAAAAGAAGGAGAGAAAAGACAAGGGCAGGGUAGAGAGACAGGAAAAGGGGAGUGGGGCGGUUAAAGGAGGACUGGAAGCGACAUUAGGAGUGGUGCAGACACCUUCACGGAGGGAUCGCAAAGGUGUUGUCCAUAUCCGUGAGGUGGAUGGUAAACUGUGCGUGGUGAGGACGGUGUACCCCAGUGAUUUUGGCUCUCCAGUGUGGAGGGGUGAGAGUGACGGCAAGGUAGAUGUGUACAAAGAGGCCCCUGCCCCAUCUCCAGUCACAGGAAGUAUUAUCAAAGUCCAGCUGUCUGAGGAGGACGAAAGUAGAGCCAAAAUGUCUGCAGGGAACUUCCCUGUGUCCUCUAACCAAAUGCAGAUUCAGGACUCUAUGGUUGUCAAGAGGUUUAGCUUGGACACUCCAGUUCGUGCACAGGAGCAGUCCUCUCUGCUGGAGUCAGGCUAUGCCAGUGACCUACCGCUGACCUCUCCAGAAACCGCGGGCACCACUCCCAGUCAGACGGACUGGGGUGGGCUGACCAGUAGCUCCUCAGAGAGACUGGACUCCAUGAUGGAGAGUCCCCUGUCACUGCAGCAGCUGGCGGCUGUAAAGUACCUGCCACAGAUUUCUGAGAUCUAUGUGAGCGGCGAGUCAGGUGACCUCACUGCCAAAGAGAAGCUGUUAUUAUGGAGCCAGCAGGCGACAGAAGGCUACCCCGGCCUCCGCUGCGUCAACUUCACCUCGUCCUGGAGCGACGGACGCAUGUUCAACGCUCUGCUGCACAGAUACAGGCCAGACCUGAUCAACAUGGAGGUGGUGUCGCGGCAGAGUAACCGGGAGAACCUCGAGCAGGCCUUUGAGAUCGCUGAGUCGUUAGGGGUGACCAGACUGCUGGACGCUGAGGACGUUGAUGUUCCAUCUCCAGAUGAGAAGUCUGUCAUUACCUACGUGUCCUCCAUUUAUGAUGCCUUCCCCAAGAUCCCUGAGGGAGGAGAGGGCAUCGCUGCAAAUGAGGUGGACCAGCGCUGGUCAGAGUACCAGUCCAGGUUCUCCUCUCUGCUCCAGUGGAGCCGCCAGCAUACGGCCCUCAUGGCCAACAAGAACUUCCCACAAAACCCUGUGGAACUCAAGGCACUUUACAACGAAUACGUCCAUUUCAAAGAGACGGAGAUCCCUGCGAAGGAGAUCGAGAAAGGCCACAUCGAACACCUCUACAAACUGCUGGAGGUGUGGAUAGAGUUUGGUCGUAUUAAGCUUCCUCAGGGCCUCCAUCCCAAUGACCUCGAGGAGGAGUGGGGCAAACUCAUCCUGGAGAUGCUGGAGAGAGAGAAGGCUCUACGGCCAGCUGUGGAGAGGCUAGAACUGCUGCUUCAGAGGGCCAAUAAGAUCCAGAACAUGGCUCUGGACUGUGAGGAGAAACUCACCCUCGCCAAGAACACACUCCAGGCUGACAUGUCUCGGGUGGAGAGCGGCGAGGCGGUGCAGUGUGAGAAGGAGCUGGCCUGCUACCUGCAGGACUGCGAGUCUCUCAUCAGACAACUCAACCAGGAGCUGAAAGUCCUCCGAGAUGAGAAAUACUACCAGGUGGAGCAGCUGGCGUUCAGAGUGUCCUGCCUUCAAGAGGAGCUGGUCUCCCUCAGACUGCAAUGCUCCAGCGUCUACAGGAAAGGCCACUUCUCCCAGGCCCUAAGCAGCACCGUGGCAGAGCACACCAGCCAGAGAGCGACAGACGGCGGCCUGACGCUGGGCCAGACGCUGCUGGGAGCUGUGGGAGCAGUCGGCGCUGCACUCCUGAGGCGACCGAUGGCUCGCUCUCAGCUGGUGGCCAUGUCCUCAUCAGAGGACGAAGGAAGCCUGAGGUUCAUCUAUGAGCUGCUUGGAUGGGUGGAGGAGACACAGGAGCUUUUGGAGCGAGCUGAAUGGGGUGCAGACCUUCCCACUGUAGAAAACAACCUCCAAGAGCACAACACUGUACACACUGCAGUCGAGGAGCUAAUGAGCAGCCUGCAGGAGGCGCGAAGCUAUGAGGCUAAAGUUUCUCCCAACUUCAAGAGCAAUUACUCUGAAACCCUGGCCAAGCUGGAGCACCAAUACUGCAAACUACUGGAACAUUCGUCAUGGCGCCUGCGGAGCUUGGAGAGCCUGCACACAUUUGUGUCGCACUGCACUGAGGAGCUGAUCUGGCUCAACGAGAGGGAGGAGGAGGAGAUUGCCUUCGACUGGAGUGACAACAACCCCAACAUGAACGCCAAGAGAGAAUUAUACAGUGAAAUGAGGUUAGAGCUGGAUGAAAAACAAAAAGUGAUGCGGUCUCUCCAGGAAACAGCCAACCGUCUGUGUCAGGAGAACCAUCCAGCCAAACAGACUGUGGAGGCUUACAGCGCAGCCCUGCAGACUCAGUGGCAGUGGGUCAACCAGCUCUGUGUGUGUGUGGAGCAGCAUCUCAGAGAUAACACAGCGUACUUCCAGUUUAUGAGCGAUGCUCGGGACUGUGAGUCGUACCUGCGCCAGCUCCAGGAGACCAUCAAGCGACAGUACACCUGUGACAAGAACAGCAGGCUGAGCAAACUGGAAGACCUGCUGCAGGACUCAAUGGAGGAGAAGGAGCAGCUGAUUGAGUACAGGAGUACUGUGGCAAGCCUGGUGGGCCGGGCUAAGACGGUGGUGCAGCUCCGCCCCCGCAGCGCAGAGAGCACCCUGGGAUCCACCACACCCAUCAAAGCCCUGUGCGACUACAGACAGAUAGAGACAAACGUUCAGAUCACAAUAAGCCGAGGCGAGGAGUGUGUGCUGGAGGACAACUCUCAGAGGACCAAGUGGAAGGUGAUCAGUCCGACAGGAAAUGAGGCCAUGGUCCCCUCAGUGUGUUUCACCGUCCCGCCUCCCAAUCAGGAGGCCAUCAACACAGCCAGCAGGGCAGAGCAGUUGUACCAGAAGGUCAUGUCUCUGUGGCAUCAGCUGCAUAUAAACAUGAAGAGCGUGGUGUCCUGGCACUACCUGCUCAAAGACAUCAGGAAUGUCUCCGGAUGGAACCUGGACACGGUUCGCAGUCAGUCUCCGGCAGAGCGGCAGCAGGUCCUGGAUCACCUGGAGUCCCAGUUGGCCGACUUCCUGUCUGACAGUAAAGAAAGCGCUCUGUUCACGCCAGGCGAAAGGCGAGAGCUGGAAAAGGACGUUCAGCAGGCCCUGCAGCACUGCCAGGACCUGCUGCUCAACAUGGAGACCGUGGAGAAGGACGAGUCAGUCUCUCGCUCGUACCUGUCGGAGCUGCAGAACGUAAGCCUGCAUUUGAACGAGGCCGAGCAGAGACUGAUGAGGGCAAUCGAGACUCCGCCCCCCAGUCGCCUGUCAGGUGACAGUGCUGACAACACUCUUCAGAUUGCAGAGCAGGAGAAGUUGCAGUCAGAGCUGGACGCCCUGCGUUCUGGUUUGGGUGAUGUGUCACGUCGCUGCAUCAGUUUCUUCGAGGAGAAGCCAACCUCGUCCAGCGUUCCUGCCCUCCGGUCUGAACUCAAUCAGGCGGUGGAGAAGAUCGACAAACUGUACAACCUCUCAUCUGUUUACCUAGAAAAGUUAAAAACGGUGGACAUCCUGAUGCGUAUCCUGGAUGAAGCGGAGAGCCAGGUCAGGAAGAAUGAGAGCAGACUAAGUGAAGAAGAUAUUGUUCCUGCUGACACAACGGCCAUUCAGAACCUCAGAGAUCAGCUCAGGAAGUGGCAGGCUGAGCUUGCCGAGCAGGAGGGCAUCUUUCAGACUCUGCAGGUGGAGGUAGGUCGAGCCAAAAAGGCGGGAUCUCAGCUCAGCAGGCUCCACCCAGACCGCAGUCCCGAGCUGGAAAGAUACCAGGAGAGAGCCAAUCAGAUGGCAGAGAGGUGGAGUGGAAUCAAGAGACAGAUGGAGACACGACGAACUGAUCUCGAAGCUCUGGGCUCAGCCCUGCAGCAGUACAGAGACGGUCAUUCUGCUCUGAUCAACUGGAUCAAAGAAACGACAGAGAGACAAGAAAACACACAACCCGGACAGACAGACAGCAAAGCUCUGUCUGAACAACUGGCCCAGCAGACGGCAUUAGUAGCUGAGAUUGAACAGAACCAGACCAAACUAGACGAGUGUCAGACUCACUCCAAACAGUACUGCACCUUAGUGAAGGAUUAUGAACUGCAGCUGAUGACCUACAGAGCCUUUGUGGAAUCUACACACAAGUCACCUGUCAAGAGGAGGAGAAUACACUCUUCUUCAGACGCAAUCACUCAGGAGUUUAUGGACUUGCGCACACGCUACACGGCCUUGGUCACCUUGACAACCCAGCAUGUAAAAUACAUCAGUGAUGCACUGAGAAGACUAGAAGAAGAAGAGAAAGAGGUUGAGGAGGAGAAGCAGGCAAGAGUGGGCCAGGUUUCAGACCUACUGGGCUGGGUCAAAGGCCUUCAGGGACGGACCGGAGGCCCCAGUGCUGAGUCUUCACUUGCUGCUCAACAGGCCAUCAGCGAACAGCUUGCAGCCAAGAAAGAUGAAGUGGCUGAAGCCAUAAGGAGCACACAGGUCUUCCUGCUGUCGAAACAGGCCAGCAAAUUGUCCCCAGAGGAGCGUGCUCAUGUCGAGGCUCAGCUGGACGAGCUGACGGCCACCUACAACCAGCUGUGUGAUAGCUCCACUCAGCAGUUGCAGCAGCUGGAGCAGCAACUGGCCAAAGAGGAGGAAAGAAAGAACCAAAAUGCCAUUUCCGGAGUAAUUGACUUGGGAACAGUGGAAACAUUCCCAGUGUUUCAAGCAGCCCAACGUGGUCUUAUUGACCAGGACACCUGCCAUGUACUUUUGGAGGCCCAGCUCAUUAUGGGUGGGCUCCUCCACCCGGAUUCCUCUCUAAAUCUUUCACUGGAACAUGGUCUAGCUCGAGGUCUAAUUGACACCCACACCAAACAGUCCCUUUCUGAACUUGAGAGUGCUUUGCAAUUAGUGGAAACUACUAAAUCUACAGAUGACCAACAACAAAAUGUGUUGCCAGUUGCUAGAGCUGUAGAGUUGGGGCUCAUCAGAGAAGAAGUGGGACUUCGUAUUCUAGAACUCCAGAUGAUCACUGGAGGCCUGAGAAACUCAACUGGAAAAAUGAUGAGUUUGGAGGAAGCGGAAGAUGAGAGACUUUUGGCUCCAGGAAUCCUCUCCAAACUCCAAUCAAGGCGACAACAUAGAGAACUGAUUGAUCCAAACACAGCUGAAAGAUUAAACCUAUAUGAGCUACAGCAGCGCUGUGUUGUUAACAGUGACUCAGGCCUCCUUCUCCUCCCAGUCAAACAGCAACCUGGAGGAACUGUCUGCCUUCGAUCCGGAAGAAAAGUUGGCAUCUUUCGUGCAGUGCAGGAAGGCUUGAUUGAUCGGAAAGUUACUGUACGACUUCUUGAAGCACAGCUCUUUGCUGGUGGUAUUGCUGACCCACGGUCUGGCCACCGACUGACAGUUGAUGAGGCUGUUCGCCAUGGGCUUAUGGACCAGGAUCUAGCCUGUGCUAUGCUAGCACGACAGCUGCAGAAUGGGGGUAUUCUAGACCCUUUUAGUGGAGAACGUCUUGAUUUGGAAGAGAGUAUUCGCAGGGAUCUUCUCUCCUCUCGUUUAGCUGUCUCGGUCUUGGAGUCUCUUUGUGCAUUCAUGGGAAUACUCUGGCCUGAAUCUGGAGAACUUUUGCCCAUUGCUGAGGCUAUUCAACAAGGAAUGAUCUCAGGAGAGCUAUCAAGGAACAUCCUGAGGCACAGACAUGCCAUUGGGGCUCUGUACAACCCAGAAACUCUCCAGGUUCUGCCUUUAAACCAGGCUGCUGAGGAGGCCCUUGAGCCCAAUGUAGUCAGUUUGCUCAAAGAUACUUGCAUCCCAGAUGUCCUUUCUAGCAGGAACCAGUCAAGUACCCCAUCUUUGAACCGUUUGAGCUGGGGUUCCACCACCUCCUCUCCAUCUCCAUCCUCUCCUCCACCUUCAUCGUUUCCUGAAGGCCUUUCCUGGGACAUUCCAUCAACACAUGUAACGAAUCCUGAAGAACAAGCAAAACACAAACUUAUGUUUCACCUUAUGACUCACAGCUACAUGGAUGCUUAUUCUGGAAAGCGAUUGUUACUGCUUGACUCUGAGUUGGUGGAGCUGGUCAAAGCUACUGAACUGUUUGCUGGAGAAUCUGUAAAUGGAUAUCAAGCUAAGCCACAAAGCAGUCUGACCAAAGACGAGCAGGAAAAGUUGCAAAUGGAGAGACAGUUCAGUUUGACAGAUAAAGGGGUGAGUGACAGACAAACUGAGGUUGAAGAAAGUUCCAAUGUAACCACACAAAGCAAAGAAUCUGAGAGGAAUGGUGCAAGCAGUCUAGAAGAAAUGUACGGUGGAGAAAAUGGCAGCAAAUUGCUGCACAAACCAUCAGUAAUUGUGGAGGGUGAUUUAACCUCUGCAGGUAAAAAUGAAAUGUAUGCAAAUAAAGAUGCAGAUGUAACAGCUCAAAAGAAAGAAAUAUCCAGACUUGAAAGUUUAAAGGCUUCAGCUGAAAAUCUUGAAGAGGAAUUUACAAAAAAGCUAGAUGAGUUUGUAGCAACUGAAUCAGUUGCUGGUGUUCAGGGGACUAGAAGUACAGCCACAACCACAACAAUAGAUAGAAACAUAGUCGCAGCACCACUCAAAUCAGAGGGAGAUUCUACUCUGUUGAAAGAAACCAUCCUUUUAGGAGCAAAAACAAAUGAAGAUGUUAUUUCAACAAAGUCUGAAGAUUGGAAAGAUAUGAAGACUGAAACAGAAAGGACAAAAGAAAAAGUGUCCAUAACAGAGACUGACUCAGAUAAACUUCAGAUUGAUGUCCUUCAGUCAGCGGUGGAGAAGGAAGGGGAGGAUGUUGAAUUGACAAGGUUAGUCUUAGAGCUCAAGCAAGGAGGUCUGAUGACAGAAGAAGGGGAAAAGUUGCUCCCUGAUGAAGCAGUAGCCCAAGGUGUCCUCCCUGGUCAUACAGCAGUUAAAUUAAUGGCUCAGGCAAGUCUUUUUGGGGGUUUCAUAGAUGCUAGCAGUGGCGAAACACUCAGCAUGGAAGAAGUUAUGCAAGAGGGUUUACUUGAUGAAGAUCUAAUGUGGAGUGUCCUGAAGUCAGAUAAAACUCUUGCAGGGAUUGUGGAUGUUGAGAAAAGGCAGAUCUGCGGGGUAAGGGAGGCAGCUAAGGCAGGAUUGAUUGACCCUAGCACUGCUGCUCGACUUCUUGAAGCCCAGGUGGCAUCUGGGGGGAUUGUUGACCUACGUAGAGAUAAGAAAGUCUCUGUCACCCUAGCAGCAAACCUGGGACUGAUUGAGGAGGAUCAAAGUGAAGCAUUGAUGAUACUAGAGAAGGCAUACAAAGGAAAGGAUGUUGAUUCAGCCACAGCCCUCACUAAAGCCAGUUUACAGCUACAGAUGGAAGGUAUUAUUGACCCAGAAUCCAAGUCUCCAGUUCCUCUUGAGCAAGCCAUUCAGAAAAGAUUAAUUAGGUCUGAGGAGGCCUACCAGGUGUUGGCAAGGCAAGUGGCUGAGGGUGGUGUGAUACAUCAUGCUUCAGGGAUGAGGCUGUCAGUUUCUGAUGCUGUAGAUAGAGGACUAGUAGAUCGAUCCAUCGCACCUGGACUAGAGGAGCAAGAGUGGGUCUACCAAGGGAAAGUUAGCCCUUCCUCUCACACAGAAGCCGUCAUUUUCCAGGCAUCAACAGGAGCCAUUUUAGACCCUGACUCUGGGUGUAAACUCACAUUGACAGAAGCAGUUUCUAGGGGUUUUCUGGAUGAGACUAUUGCCAGUGAAGCCAUGGCUUCUUCUUCUGUAACACAAGGAGUGAUUGAUCCCCAAACUGCACAAAUCGUGCCUUAUUCUGAGCUUGUAAACCAAGGUAAGAUAGAUAUAGAAACAGGCAAACGCUUCUUGGAAGUGAAACCAUUCAGAGGUGUUCAGGAUAAGCUAACAGGAAAUACCUUGACCCUUCCAGAGGCAGUUGCAUCAAUGCAAGUUGACCCAGUACCAGCGUUGAGGCUGCUUCAGAGCCAGGCAGACAGUGGAGGCAUCAUUGACAUAAGUACUGGAGAAAGACUUCCCUUAUCUGAGGCCUGUAAAAGAGGUUUGGUCGGAGACAAUAUGGUCAGGGUAAUAGCGACCAACCAGAUUUUGAAAGGAGGUUUAGUUGAUCCUGCUGCUGGACAACAAGUCUCUUGCCUCAGUGAUGCUGUUGCAAAAGGACUGAUCUCCAGUGACAUAGCUUCAGAGAUUCAAGAAAAACUGGCUUCUGUGGUGAUAGAGGAUGAUGGAGUUAUCGCUACACCUGUUGCAUCGUCAGAUGGUGCAUACAGCCCUGAUGUUACAUUGUCAGUGUCGAGCACAGACAGUCCAGCAAACUGGCCAGAUGGUAACACAAAUACACAAGAUGAUGAAAAUCAGUUCACAUCUGUAGUAUUAGAUCAGUCACUGCUUUAUAACACUACUACAGAAGAGGACAAAGCAGAAGCGCCAGUGUCAGUGGAACAAAAUGUUUUAAUUGAGUCUGAACAAUCCAUAGAGCUCUUGUGUAAAUUUGCCACUGAUAUUGAGCAAAGAAUUCAGCAAGCCAUUGAAGAGAUAGUACCACAAACAGACAUCAGUAAAUCAGAGAAUCCUUCCAUACCAAAGCUUGAUGAGAGACUCCAAAUAGGAUUGAGUGAGACUGAUUCUAAACAAAAUGGGAAUGUUUCUUUUGGGAAAUCCACUCUGGCAAACGUCUGUGAUACAGACGAAGAUUCGUUGCAAGAAAAAGGAGUUGCUGUUUUAAAGUCAGAUGGGGAACCAGUGAAGGUUGAGGAACAGGAGUAUAGAUUCAGUGAUGAGAGCACAUCAGUGGUUCAUUAUGAUUCUGAAGAUGGAAAGCUGGCAGGUUUUGUUACAACAGAGAUUAGAGGUAACAGGGUGCCGGAAUUUACUGAAGUGGAUUAUAGAGAGAGUAUUGGGGUAACGCGACAGGAUGAUCUUUUAUAUGAGGAGAAAGGGAAACCUUUAAUGACUGACAUCACAUCUAGUGCUGACACUAAACAGUCAAUGCCGUUAUUGACCUCUCCUUCCAGAGAGACACAAAGCAAAAGCAAGAAAAAGAGGAAGACUAAAAAGAAUGGAAAGGGUAAAGAAGCAGAGAGUGAAAUACAACCAAUACAGAUAAAACAUCCAUCUGAGAUCGAUAAAGCUGAUGCACAUGUUGAAGGGCAGCCUAAGGGCUUUACUGUCACAGAUGAGCCUGCAACACAAGACAAAUGUGAGAAUUCACAGUUUCAUGGUCAGACAGCUUCCACAGGGCCUCCCAACGGAGGAAGUACAGCAUGUGAGGAUAAAAAUGAUUUGGUAACGCAGGGACAGGAAGUUGUUCCAGCCACUCUGGAAACCACAGGCCAUAUGAUUGAGCCAGGGACGGAUGCAAUAAAAAUUAUGUUAAUAAAAGACACAGAAAAGCGGCAUAAGGUGGAGGAGAUGAAAAGGGAGGAGCAGAAAGAGGACAUUGAAGAGAUACCAUCUGUCUCUCAGCAACCAGAACAACCAGAGAGCACUCAGGGGGUAAAGAAAAAGAAGGAGCAAGAAUUUCCUCAGAAAUCUGCUCUACGGGAAGACGAGAAAGCAGCCUUGAUACUAAAAGCCAAAGAGAGCAUCCUGAGAAAGGUGUUUGAAAAAGGGGUGAGUGAAAAGCAAACUGCUGAGGAGCUGCAGGCAUUACGCAAAGAGAUGGGAAAGAAGGAGAGUCAAAGUACGACUGGUAAAGAUGUAAAGGAACAAACUCUGUCAGAUAAGUUUGAUGGAGUGGAAAGUCACAGUGUCAGAGAAGAUGAUGUCGAGAGACCCAGUGGCUCACAAAAAGAGAAUCCUGAAGAGAUGAGUGUCAAAGAGAAUAAAAUGGAAUUAACAAGGGUCAAAGAAGAGUCAAAUAUGGAGAAACUUCCUGUCAUUGAAACCAAACUGUUGGAGGCUUCUUCAGAUGAGAGAGACGAGAAGAGCGGUUUUGCAAAUGAGGACAUACAAAAAGGCACUGAGACAGUUCCAUCAGUCCAGCCUAAACAGACUCAGCAAAGUAAACGAAGUAAGAAGAACAAGAAAAACAAGAGUCCAAAAGUGACAGACAUAACUGAGGCUGAUAAUAGGAAGUUGCCAACUCCUGAAGAUGUGGAUUCAGAGGUGACAUUGACGAAAAUUGCCGCAAAGUCUGAAAUGACAAAAUUAGACUUAGAUAAACCAGCAUCGAUUAAGAAGCAGAGGACAGACAGACAAGUUGAUCAUCAGUCAGCCAUUGAUGUGGUCAGAUCUUCAGUUGCUGAUGAAGCAAACGAAGUGCAGACUUCUGUGAUUAAUGCUAAAGGAGCUGAGACUAGUCAACAGCAUCCACCAUAUAUACAUGAGUCAGAAGACCUUGGUUCUCACACUGAGGAAGACAUACAGUUGGCACACAUCACAUCUACUAGGACAGAAGAAUCUCAAGAAUCCCACUCAGAAACCAAAAAUACUAUCAAAACCAUUGACCUUUCUCACAAUGCUGUCCCAUGCAAAGCAGACAUACAGUCCACGACUGAACCUACAGCUCCAGGCACACAACCAGAUCAAAGAGCAGGGAAAAGCAAAAAGAAGCAAAGGCACCAACCGCCUGAAGCUGAUGGCACCAGUAUUCCCGAUUCAGAGUCUUUAAAAGACCAGCAGGAACAUCUUGAGUCUCCAGUCUCGGCAGGAGAUGCUUCAACUGAGUGUGAAUCACCUGGGGUCCCUGAGUCUGAUACAGCUACUGAGAGCUGGGAAGAGGGAGAGGAUGAUAUCGGAGAGAGUCGAGAAACUGUGUCAAACAAAGAGGGGACAACGUCCAAGACUGGCAAGACAUCACUGAUGCGUCAGGAAUGCUUGGAACAUGACCAACGAAUUGUAGCCCUGGUGUCCAUGGUAAGGCAUAUUGAGGUCCGACUCAAACAGCAACAGCAGCAGUCUGUGGGCCGCAGCCUCAUCGCCUUGGAAGACAUCAUCACACAGACUGAGACUCUGGACCUUGAAUUGCGUGACUUGGAGCCUGCGAUCAACAGCGAAGUGGAGGCCGCUGAGCAGCUGUUGAAGCCCCAACCUGAAGAUGUUCCUCCACAACUCCUAUUGGCCCUGGAAAAGGAUGGGCGGAGCUUGGCUCGAGGGUAUGAGGCUGCCAGAGCACUUUCUGAGGGGAUUCUACAAAGUCUGCGAGACCAUAGAGACUCAUAUAAGGAGGCCGUUGCAGCAGAGCAGAAGUCACUGGGAGUACAAGUGGAGAGUCUGCUCUCUUGGCUGAGGGAGGCGGAGGCUCAGAUGCAUGGAGGAAUGGCGGGGAUGGAAAAAAUUGAGAAGGCGCAGAAAGAUGACAGUUGUGAUCAGCUCACACAGCAGCUGAAUCUGUGCAAGGAGCUCCAGUUGUCUCUGAUGGCUCAUUCAAAUGAGGUCAACAGUGUGGCCUUUGACAUUCAGGUGUUCAUAUCAGAGCGGGCUCAGGACCUGGCCCCUGAGCAGAGCAGGCAGCUCCUGGGGCAGCUGCAGCAGCUGCAGAGGACCUUCCACCGAGCGUCAGGCCAAGCCCAGGCCUGGGCUGAUGCCCUGUCUGCCCAGAGAGAGAGGGAGGAGGAGUGGCAGCGCAGGGAGAGAGUGAAAGAAGAGGAGGACAGAGAAAGGCAGAGUGCAAGGGAGAGAGAGGUGGUUCAACAGCAGAAAGCAGAAUGCUCUCUGAAACUAGAAGGCCUUACUAUGUUUCUGGCUGGAGCUGCGAGCUUGCUGGCCAGUCAGAAAGCUGGAGCAGAGUCAAGUGAUGUGAACGUCCUGCAAGAUAAGCAGAAAAAGCUAAAGGAAGUACAAAAAGACCUCCAGUCCAAGCAAGAGGGCAUAGCUGAAGCCAUCCGCUCUGUGGAGGAGCUCCUGGCAGAGCGAGGAGCAAGUCUGAGCCCAGAGGAGAGGGAGAGCCUUCAGGAGGCGCUAACAAGAAUGAAGGAGCAGUACAGUGCCCUUACAGAUUCAGUAAAUACAUCGCUGUCAGAGGUGGGCACAGCCAUCAACACCACUGUAGAGCAGAACACACAAAAGGCGAAGGCUGAGGAGGAGCUCCAGGAGACCCAAGGCCAGAUAGACUCUCUGUUGAAGGAGUUGUCCUCCCUUAACCAACCAGGUGGAAGUGGACUUGGAUCUGGAGUGGCCACAGAUGUUGCUGAUGCAGUAUUCCCACAGCCAGAGGGCGCUGUGGUGUCACACACAGAGAUGCUGCAGGCGGAGCUUCAGCAGCUCCAGUCUCAGCAAGCAAAGCUACUCCAGAUCACACAGUCAGCUCGCUGUCUUCUGGACCAGCCGGACUCCACUGUUCCUCCUGAGGAGAAGCGGCGUCUCCGGGCUGCCCUGGAUCAGCUGCAGGCCCAGCACCAGGACAAGCUGCAGAGCUGCCAGGACCGUCUGAGAAAAUCUGAGUCCCUGAAGGAUGAGCUGACAAAGUUCCUCCAAGAGCAUGGAAGUCUAGUUGCCUGGCUGGAACAAAGUGAAGAGGAGCUCCGUUCCCUCGGGGAAGGAGAAACUGAUGCACAAGGACUGAAGGGCAGACUGGAGGAGCACAGAAAGCUUGGUGAGGAUGUAAUUUGCCACAAGGCAGACCUGCGCUUUGUUUCCAUCUCCGGUCAGAAGGUUCUGGACUCUGUUCAAGGAGCUCUGGAGCAAGCUGGUGGUUCUGAUCCAGCAAUGGACAGCACCAGACAGCUGGUAACUGACAAGCUGCAGGAUGCUAACCACAGAUACACAACCCUGCACACCAAGUCAACAGAAUUGGGAGGUCGUUUGUCCGGCCUGUUGGAGAGGUACCAGCAGUACCAGGAUGAAGUGGUCUCCCUGCACUCCUGGCUCAGCACUCAGGAACAGAACCAAAGCAUAGCCAAGCCCAGUGGAGACACAGACCCCCAGAACCUGCAGAACACACUACGACAAGUACAGCUGCUGCAGGACGAACUUGCUGAGCGUUCGGUGCAGCUGGAGAAGGUGAAAAGAGCAGGAAAAGAUCUGGUCAGCACAGACGAGUCUCCUUCCCUGAAAGCUGUUGAUAUCCUCUGUGCUGCAGAUGGUUUAGAGAAGAGGUUUGGCUCCCUCUCUGCGUCUGUGUCAGAACGGGCUGAGCAGCUGCAGACAGCUGUGGCCCAGUCAGUCAGCGUCCAAGAGGGCCUGAAGGGUCUGCUCAGCUGGCUGGACAAGCUGGUUCUGAAUCCUGUACCAGUGGAACCCACAGCACAGGCUGUACAAGAUGCCCUGACCCAGAACCAGAAACUUCGCCAAGAGCUGCUGUCCAGGCAAGGCAGCGUGGAAGCAACACGGGACUCUGUUUCCAAACUCCUUCAGAGUUCUGACGCCUCCACGGCAUCUGGCCUCCAGGGCUCUUUAGACGAGCUUAUUCAGCGCUACACCGCAGCACAGUCUAGCCAGGCCGAGAGGGAGUCUGAGCUCAAAGUGCUGUUGCCCAGGCUAGAAAGCUACGAGCGGCUGGGGACUGACCUCCAGGUCUUCACCCAGAGCCGACUGAAGGCUCUGAGCCCGGUGGGCCAGCCAGAUCGCAGCGUGGAUGACUACAGACAAACCGUUGAGGAGGUCAGGUCUGAGCUGGAGCAGGAAUCUAGCCAACUGAAAUCCUUCUGCAGCCUCGGCACUGAGCUCAGCCAGUCGAAAGCCUUCAGUAACACUCAGAGCUUAUUGGAUAAUGUCAAAGGGGUGUCUGAUGAGUUCACCCAACUGGAAACCAACGUCAACGAAAGGUUCGCUGCCAUCCAGGCCUGUGAGCAGCAGCUCCUCCAGUUCCGUGGCCUCUCUGGCUCCCUCCUCAGGUGGCUUCAGACAGCACAGGAUCAGCUGCAGUCCAAAGAGGCCAACCUCACCACAGAGAGCCUGCAGAGAAGAGUUCAGCAGCUCAAGGACUUAUUGAAUGACUGGGAGUCACAGCGAUCGAGGGUUCAGGAGCUGAACAAGGCGGGCUCAGAGCUGGAAUCCCUGAUAAUCGACAUCACUGCUCCCCAGACCAAAUCUGGUGCUCCUCAAAUCAAUGGCUCAGCAGGUCCCAGCAGUGUUAAUGGCAUUCACACCUGUAAAGACCUGACGGAGCUGCAGGUGGCUGUAUCUGAGGUGAACGGUCGAUACGAGGCGCUGGGCGGAGAGCUGAAGGAGCGUCUUGGUCACCAGCAGGCCUCACUGGAGCUGAGGCAGAAGGCCAGGCAGGGCACCGAGGAGCUCAAGAGCUGGCUGACGGACAGAGAGCAAAGCCUGAAACAGGGACAGACUGCCUCCCCCUCCAGACCUGAGGUGGUGCGAGCCCAGGCACAGGAAAACAAGGCCCUGCUUUCCGAGCUGGUUGAACACUCUGGGAAGGUUGAGGAGCUGAAGAGCACACUGAGGAAGCUGAUUGCUGACAAUCCUGAUUCUCCUGAGGCAGACAGCUGGAGACAGCAGCUGCAAGAGAUAGACUCCCGCUGGCAGAUGGCCAAUCAGACUGCAGCCCAGAGGCAGACCGAAUUGGAGACAUGUGCCGAUAGGCUGGGCAGCUUUGCCUCAGCGGCCAAUCAGCUGGGCCCGUGGCUGAGGGAAAAGGAGCUGAUGAUGAGUGUCCUGGGACCACUGAGCAUCGACCCCAACAUGCUUAACACACAGAAACAACAAGUCCAGUUUAUGCUGCGUGAGUUUGAGACCAGACGACCGCAGUUUGACCAGCUGACACAAUCUGCUGAGGGAAUCCUGUCCCAGACUGGGGACUCUGCUCAGGACCCCAAGGACCUGGAGGAGGUCCGCGCUGAGCUGGGCUCCAUCUCCCAGCAGUGGGAGGACCUAACAAACCGACUGAGUCAGAGAUCAAACCACAUUGACCAGGCCCAAGGGACCAGCGAACGGUACCAGGCUUUGCUCAGGGAGCUCGCCUCCAGUGUAUCUGCUCUGAGCGAGAGGUUGGAUGCUCAGGCCUCGCUGAGCGCCCAACCUGAGGCGCUGAAACGUCGCCUGCAGGAAACUGGAGAGAUCCGCUCAGAGCUGGAGAGACGACGGACUGAGCUGGCUGAGGCUGAGAGGCUCUGCCAGGAGCUGAGCGCCAUCGUGGCCGAACCCUACCUGAAGGAAGAGCUGAGUAAACGACUGGAGAGUGUCAGCGGGCCACUGAAGAGUUUAGAGGAGCGCGCAGCUGACGGUCUGUCUCAGCUCCAGACUGCCUUGUCGUCCACUCAGCAGUUUCAGCAGAUGUUUGAAGAGUUGCGUUCCUGGCUGGACAAGCAGGCGGAUCCCAGAGAAUCAUCCGCCGACUCUCUGCCCUGUCAGCCUGAGGCUAUCCGCUCCCUGUUGGCACAAACAGGUGAACUCCAGCGUGGGAUCGCCAGUCAGCGAGGUUCCUACGAGCUAAUUCAAGCCGAGGGAGUGUCGCUUCUGGCCACACUGCCGGCGGGUGGAGAUGAACGAUCUGCCCUGCAGUCUCGUCUGGCCACCUUGAGGCAGGACUGGGAUGGGCUGAACCAGAGAAUCUCGGAUCGAGAGGGCAGACUGAAGACCACCCUGAGCAAAGCGGACACCUACCAGCAGCACAAGGCCGAGCUGACACCGUGGUUGGCAGAGUGUGAGCAGAAAGAUGGAGACAUUCAGCCGUCACUGGAUCCAUCGGCCCUGGAGGAGGCUUUGCAGAAGGCUCGCGGUCUGUCUCUGGACCUUGAGAGACGACAGCCUCUUGUUGAGGCCUUCAAUACUGCUGCAGACCAGCUGCUUGAACAAUGCUGCAUAGGGGAGGACGAGGUACGAGAUGAGAAGGCUCAGUUGAACCGCAGGGUGGACAAACUGAGUGAGAGGCUCCAUAACCGCACCGCCCAGCUGGAGGAGCUGGCUGGCCGCCUGAAAGAGUUUGAAGAGGGCAGACAGGCUGCAGAGAGGAGGCUGGAGGCCGCCAAGCACCAGAUUGAAGUGCAGGAGGCUCUGGGACCACAGGCAUGCAGUGCCAAGAGCCUGGAGCGGCUCAGGAGUCAGCAGGAGAGUCUGAGAUCACUGAGGCCUCAGGUGGUGUACCUCAGAGACCUGGCCCAGGGGCUGGUACAGGACUCACCACAGACACCAGGAGGCAGCACUGAGGGGGCCCAGAGGCUUCAGGAGCAGGCCAAGGAGACCGAGAAAGAGUUUGAUGAAGUCACUGAAAAGAUCGAGCAUUGCUGCUCCUCUCUGGAGUCCAGACUGCAGGGCGUCGGCGAAGUCCAGUCUCACGUGCGCGAUGUCUUCUCACGCCUUGCCGACCUCGAUGAUGAACUUGACUCCCUCAGUCCCGUUGGACGUGAUGCUGACUCCCUGGCCUCUCAGUCCGACGCCCUGAAAGGCUUCUUGUCCCGCCUAGCCAACCUCAGAACAGAACUGGAGGGUCAUUCAUCAGAGUGCAGCACCAUGCUGCGACGAGAAGGCUCCUCACCUGACCUUCUGGCUCUCAGGCGAGAGACAGAGGCUCUGAGCCGCCAGGCUGGCAAGCUGAGUGAGCGCGGCCAGGCCAGGUUGGACCAGAUCGAGGACGCUGCUGAGAGGGUUCGAGAGUUCUACAGGCUGGUCAGUGAGCUGCAAGGCUUGCUGGGGAGGGCUGAAGAGGGGCUGAAUGCACAGAGCAUGGUCGGCACGGAGGUGGAGAUGAUCAAACAGCAGCUGCAGGAGUUCAAGGCUGUGGAGAGAGAGCAGGUGGACAGCAUUCAACCGAAGCUACAACAUGUCAACGCAGUGGGUCAGGGUCUGAUCCAGAGUGCCGCCAAACACACCGACACCCAAGCACUGGAGCACGACCUGGAGACCACCAACCUCCGAUGGAACUCACUGAACAAGCGGGUGGCAGAGCGGAUCGCCCAGCUGCAGGAGGCCCUGUUGCAUUGUGGGAAGUUCCAGGAUGCUCUGGAGCCUCUGCUAAGUUGGCUGAGUGACACAGAGGAGCUGGUAGCCAAUCAGAGGCCUCCGUCUGCAGAGUACCGUGUGGUCAAGGCCCAGAUUCAAGAACAAAAGCUGCUCCAGAGGUUGUUAGAUGACCGUCGGCCCACGGUGGAGAUGAUCCGUGCUGAGGGAGAGAGGAUUGCAGCCACAGCAGACACUCUGGACCGAGAGAAGAUUCAGACCCAGCUCCAGAGCCUGGCAGAGAGAUGGACUGGCCUGCUCGACAAAGCCGAUGCCAGGCAGAGGCAGUUGGAGGAGCUGCAGGUUUUGGCUCUUCAGUUCCAUGAGGCCCUGGAGCCGCUGGGAGAAUGGCUGAGUGCCACCGAGAGACGCCUGAGCUCCGCCGAGCCCAUGGGAACCCAGACAGCCAAGAUCAGCCAGCAGAUCAUCAAACACAAGGCGCUCCAAGAUGAGGUGUCCUCACGCGAAGUCGAGGUUGGUCACCUCGAGUCCCUCAGCCAAUUGCUGACCCCACUCAGCUGCACAGUAGACCGUGACUGGUUAAGCGAGCGGGUGGGGGCGGUGAGGUCAGGUCACUCUGAACUUGCUGAUUGGUGCACGAGGCGGGCGGGCCUGCUGGAGCAGGCGCUGGCCAACGCUCAGCUGUUUGGGGAGGAUGAGGUAGAGGUGCUGAACUGGCUGGCAGAGGUGGCUCAGAGGCUGGCUCAGGUCUCCGUCCAGAGCUACCAGCCUCAGCUGCUGGCCGAGCAGCACAAGCACACUCUGUCUCUAAAUGAAGAGAUUCUGAGCAGGAAGAAGACAGUGGACCAAGCCAUCAAGAAUGGACAAGCCUUACUCAAGCAGACCACAGGUGAGGAAGUCCUCCUGAUCCAGGAGAAGCUGGACGGCAUCAAGUCUCGCUACGCCGAGAUGACGGCUGGCAGCAGCAAGGCCCUCCGCACCCUGGAACAGGCCCUGCAGCUGGCCACGCGAUUCGCCAGCGCCCACGACGACCUCAACCAGUGGCUGGACGGCGUGGAGGCGGAGCUCAACACUGUGGAGCCUGACGCCACACCUUCAUAUCAGGAAAGACAGAAGGAGCUGAAGAAAGUGUCAGCAGAGAAGCGCCUGGUGUUGGACACGGUGAACGAGGUGGGCAGCGCCCUGCUAGAUCUUGUUCCCUGGAGAGCCCGCGAGGGCUUGGACCGCCUGGUCGCUGAUGCUAACCAGCGCUACCGCCAGGCUGAUGAAACCAUCACUCAACGGGUGCAGCUGGUGCAAGCUGCCAUCCAGAGGUCACAACAGUAUGAGGAGGCAGUGGAUGCAGAACUGGCCUGGGUUGGAGAGACAGAGCGUAAAUUGGCAUCUCUGGGGCCCCUGAGCCUGGAACCCGACGUGACGGUGGCCCAGCUGCAAGUGCAGAGGGCCUUCAACAUCGACAUCAUCCGACACAAAGACACUGUGGAUCAGCUCCUCAGCACCAGAGAAGACAUCCUGGAAACCUGCAGCGACGCCCAGAAGGACGCACUGAUAGUGAAGACAGAUUCUCUCAGUGCUCGUUAUGAUGCAGUCAGCCAGAGCCACAGUGAGCGGUUCUCAGCCUUGGAACAAGCCCAGGUUUUGGUUGCUCGGUUCUGGGAGACCUACGAGGAACUGGAGCCAUGGCUGGGCGAAACUGAGGCCCUCAUCACCCAGCUGCCACCACCAGCCAUUGACACAGAUGCUCUCCGACUGCAACAGGACCAGAUGAGGCUGCUCAGGGAGUCUAUCGCAGAGCACAAGCCCCACAUCGACAAGCUGCUGAAGAUUGGACCACAGCUGGCUGAGCUCAGCCUCCAGGAGGGGGCGACGGUGACGCAGCGCUACACCAAGGCCGAGAGCCGCUACCUGGCCAUCAAAGAGGGGGUCAAAGGUCGUGCAGCAGCCCUAGACGAGGCGGUGUCCCAGUCUGCACAGCUGGUAGAGUUUCACGACAAGAUGGACCCCCUGUUGGAGACCCUGGAGGGGGCGGUCCAGCGGCUGCGGCAGCCUCCCUCUGUGGCGGCGGAGGUGGAGAAGAUCAGGGAGCAGCUGGCGGAGCACCGAGCCCAGGGGCUGGAGCUGGACAAACUGCUGCCAAGCUUCUCCGCCCUCUGCGCCCGCGGAGAGGAGCUCAUCGGACGAGCUGCUCACGACGAUCCUGCUGCUCAGGCGGUUCGUUCCCGCCUCCUGCGCCUGCGCUCCCUGUGGGACGAGAUCCGGCAGCGAGCCGAGGAGAGGGAGGGGAAGCUGAACGACGUCUUGGACCUGGCAGGGAAGUUCUGGGCCGAUGUGGCGGCGCUACUGAGUACGCUAAGAGACUCCCAAGAUAUUGUGAAAGAGCUGGAGGACCCCGGUGUGGACCCCUCACUCAUAAAACAACAGAUUGAAGCUGCUGAGGCCAUUAAGGCAGAGACAGACGGUCUGAGGGAGGAGCUGGAGUUUGUUAGGACCCUCGGCGCUGACCUCAUCUUUGCCUGUGGGGAAACUGAGAAACCUGAAGUCAAGAAGACCAUUGACGAGAUGAACGCUGCCUGGGAGGGUCUGAACCGGACGUGGAAAGAGAGGAUGGAGAGGCUGGAGGAGGCCAUGACAGCGUCUGUGCAGUAUCAGGACGCACUGCAGUCCAUGUUUGACUACCUGGACAAUGCAGUGAUCAAGCUGUGUGACAUGUCGACUGUGGGAACUGAUCUGGGAACUGUCAAACAGCAGAUUGAAGAGCUCAAGCAGUACAAAGUGGAGGUUUACCAGCAGCAGAUUGACAUGGAGAAGCUCUGCCACCAGGGGGAGCUGCUGUUGAAGAAAGUCUCAGAUCAGACAGACAGGGACAUGAUCCAGGAGCCGCUGACCGAGCUCCGGCAUCUCUGGGACAACCUGGGGGAUAAAAUCACCCACAGACAGCACAAGCUGGAGGCUGCCCUGCUGGCUCUGGGUCAGUUCCAGCAUGCCCUGUCUGAGCUGCAAGCCUGGCUGAACCACACACACACCACUCUGGACACACAGCGACCAGUCAGCUCUGACCCCAAGGCUAUUGAAAUUGAGCUGGCCAAACACCACGUUUUGCGUAACGAUGUGCUAUCCCAUCAUGCCACGGUGGAGACUGUGAACAGUGCUGGCGCUGAGCUGCUCGAGUCCUCUCCUGGCGACGAGGCUAGCCAUCUGAGGGACCAGCUGGAUCACCUGAACCAGAGCUGGGAGAGCCUACUGCUCAAGACCCAGGAGCGGCAGAAGCUUCUAGAGGCCGCCUUGCACCAGGCUGAAGGAUUUCAUGGCGAGUUGGAGGAGUUCCUCCAGUGGCUGAGGAGGACGGAGAGCCAGCUGUCAGCUGCCAAGCCAACAGGCGGUCUGCCUGAAACAGCCAGGGAACAGCUACAGCAGCACACGGAGCUUCAGGCCCAGCUGAAUCACAGAGCAGACCAGUACCACCGCCUUCUGGACCAAGGAGAGUCCAUGCUGCUGGCUCGUGGAGGAGAGGAGGCGGGACCUGGCACCACCCAGACCCAGCAGAACCUGAGCAUGCUGCAGAACAAAUGGGCCAGCCUCAAUACCAAGAUGGACGACCGCAGGGCAAAGCUGGAAGAGGCUGUUGCCUUGGCAACGGGUUUCCAGACAUCUCUGCAGGACACCAUCAAUUGGCUGACCCAGGCUGAACAGACCCUGAACAUGGCCCAACCCCCAAGCCUCAUACUGGACACUGUGCUCUUCCAGAUUGAUGAGCACAAGGUGUUUGUGAAUGAGGUGAACACCCACAGAGAGCAGGUCCUGGCUCUGGAGAAGGCCGGCUCUCAGCUUCGUUUUGCCAGCCUGAAGCAGGAUGUUGUGCUUAUCAAAAACCUGCUGCUCAGCGUCCAGGCCCGCUGGGACAAACUGGUCCAGAGGUCACUGGACCGCGGACGACACCUCGACGAGGCCCGCAAACGCGCCAAACAGUUCCACGAGGCCUGGAGAAAGUUGACAGACUGGCUAGAAGAAGCCGAGAAAAGACUGGACUCAGAGCUGGAGAUCUCCAAUGAGCCCGACAAGAUCAAAGUCCAGCUGGCCAAACACAAGGAGUUUCAGAAAGCCUUGGGGUCGAAGCAGCCAGUUUACGACACCACAGUGAGGUCUGGGAAGGCUAUGAGGGACAAGGCUCAGCUGCCUGCAGACACCCAGAAACUGGACCACCUGGUGGGAGAGGUCCGUGACAAGUGGGACACCGUCUGUGGGAAGAGCGUAGAGAGACAACACAAGCUGGAGGAGGCCCUGCUGUUCUCAGGCCAGUUUGCAGAGGCUCUCCAGGCAUUGGUGGACUGGUUGUACCGGGUAGAGCCCCAGCUGGCUGAAGACCAGCCCGUACAUGGAGAUCUGGAUCUGGUGUCCAACCUCAUGGACUCACACAAGGCUUUCCAAAAGGAGCUGGGUAAGAGAACCAGCAGUGUUCAGGCUCUGAAGCGCUCAGCUCGGGAGCUGAUGGAGACUGGCCGCGAUGACACGGCGUGGGUCAAAGUUCAACUUCAGGAGCUCAGCAACCGCUGGGACACGGUGUGCGCCCUUUCGGUCUCAAAGCAAACCCGCCUCCAGCAGGCCCUCAAACAGGCGGAGGAGUUUCGUACGGCAGUGCAGGUGCUUCUGGAGUGGCUCUCCGAGGCGGAGCAGACGCUUCGCUUCCGCGGCGUCCUCCCCGAAGAGGCGGAGACUCUGCAGGCGCUGCUGCACACACAUCGUGACUUUAUGGGCACCGUGGAGGAAAAGAGGGCGGAUGUCAACAAGGCUGCCGGCAUGGGAGAAGCCAUCCUCACUGUUUGUCACCCCGACUCCAUCACCACCAUCAAACACUGGAUCACCAUCAUCAGGGCUCGCUUUGAGGAGGUGCUGACGUGGGCCAAACAGCACGAGCAGCGGCUGGAGACGGCUCUGACCGAGGUGCUCAACAACGCCAACCUGCUGGAGGAGCUGUUGUCAUGGCUGCAGUGGGCUGAGACCACAUUGGUCCAGAGGGACACAGAGCCACUUCCUCAGGACAUUCCACAGCUCAAAACACUCAUCACAGAACACCAGAUGUUUAUGGAGGAGAUGACGAGGAAACAGCCAGACGUCGACAAAGUGACGAAGACCUACAAAAGAAAGCCAGCUGAGGCUCCCAGCAGCCUGGCUGAGAGGAGAGGAGCUCGCAAACACCAGCAGCAGCAGCAGCAGCAGCAGCAGGCGGCCAUGCAGGUCUCUGGAGGAAACCCACGACUCAACCAGCUCUGUGCCAGGUGGCAGCAAGUUUGGCUGCUGGCUCUUGACCGCCAGCGCAAACUCAACGAUGGUUUGGACAGACUGGAGGAGCUCAAAGAGUUUGCCAACUUCGACUUUGACGUGUGGAGGAAGAAGUACAUGCGCUGGAUGAACCAUAAGAAGUCUCGUGUCAUGGACUUCUUCAGACGCAUCGACAAGGACCAAGACGGAAAGAUCACGCGGCAGGAGUUUAUCGACGGCAUCCUGGCUUCAAAGUUUCCCACUAGUAAGCUGGAGAUGACGGCAGUGGCAGACAUCUUUGACAGAGACGGAGACGGUUACAUCGACUACUAUGAAUUUGUUGCUGCUCUGCACCCCAACAAGGACGCCUACAGACCCACCACUGACGCUGAUAAGAUAGAGGACGAGGUGACUCGGCAGGUGGCCCAGUGUAAAUGUGCCAAAAGGUUCCAGGUGGAGCAGAUAGGAGAGAACAAAUACCGGUUCUUCCUCGGAAACCAGUUUGGCGACUCUCAGCAGCUGCGUCUGGUGAGGAUUCUGCGCAGCACAGUCAUGGUGAGAGUCGGAGGUGGUUGGAUGGCUCUGGACGAGUUCCUGGUGAAAAAUGAUCCAUGCAGAGUGCAACAUCCAGGACUUAAGAUUCUCCGCUCCGAUUCCAGUAGCUCCAUCUCAUCUCGUAUAGCUCGUGGUCGCACCAACCUGGAGUUGAGGGAGAAGUUCAUCCUUCCUGAAGGAGCAUCCCAGGGUCUGGCUGCCUUCCGCUCCCGGGGUCGACGCUCCAAACCGGGCUCCCGCAACGCCUCGCCCACCCGCUCCUCUUCCUCGGCCUCCCACAGCGGCGCCUCCCUCCCUUCAGCUCCCUCCGCCCCCGCCACACCGACGGCUUCCACAUCAUCCAGGUCCUCCCACACUCACUCGCGUGACUAUGCCAAGCCCUGGCUGGCACACAGUAAAACUCCAACGCCAACCAAGUGCCACUGCUGCCCAGAUCUCGGCCACACCACUCCUGGGCACGAGGGGGCGACGUCGGGGUCCAAACUAAAGAGGCCGACAUUCCACUCGAGCCGGGGCUCGCUGACCGGCGAGAACGGAGGAACAACACACACCAGCAAACCAUUGCGAACUGAUCCGAAGCGAGGGGCUUCCACUGUCAGCGGUCCUACCAGCCGGGCCGGCAGCCGGGCGGGCAGCCGAGCCAGCAGUCGCCGCGGCAGCGACGCCUCGGACGCAUCAGAGCUACAGGACGCCCGCUCCGUCUGCUCUGACACCUCGGACACCCCGCGUCGACCCGGUGGAGGGGCCAAACCCUCCAAGAUUCCCACCAUCUCCAAAAAGGCCCCCAGCCCAAAGACCUCAGGUUCUGCAAGAAAAUAACACCAGCCACACAUGGGGGACCUGCUGUCAUCGGUCGUCUGGGGAGAACCAGCUCUUCAACCUGAAGUCCAUCCGUAGGCCUUGAGCAGAAUCUGUGCACUAUGACUGACAUUUUCCAGGGGAAAGAAGGAGACGGAUAGGAUGAGUGAAUCUCCCUCUCACUCUUUCCCCCGUCUCACAAACGGACUGCAAACAUGCACAAGACGAGCAGGGUUGUGGUCUGGCAGUCCCAGGCCACAGUCUGUGGGGUCAAACCCGACUUUUCCCCUUUAAGAAGCGACCCCAUUUUGCCUUCCAGUCUCUUGUUUCGUCUCUCUAAAGUUCCCCGCCAGCGUGGAACCAGACACCAACGGACUUGACGUGAUGCUGCCUUACUUUGUGUUACACUCUUCUGUCCCGAUCAGACGGAGAAACAGACAAAGUCUUUAAACUGCUUUGCACCACACUGACACACAAAUACACACAUUUUAACACAGAGGCGGGGUAGGGAGUGGGACACACCACCACCACCACGGCUACACAAACUAAAAAAGCUCAAACGACAUUCAGGAAAAAAAAGAAGAAAGAAUUGUGGGUUAUUAUUUUGGCUUGUGGGCCAGAUGCCUCAACGAUGAGUUUAAAAAGAAAAUAUGCAACGACUGCCAUGUCGCUUCCUCCUGACUGGCUGGCGAGAAAAGCCGACACCUCAGCAGAUCUGCUCAAGCAGACACCACGUGUGGAGAGCUCAGGAGGCGGGAAACGCUGGCCGGCACACACACCGGCGAACCUCGCGCUCAGAGGAUCGCGGCGGUGACGGUGGUGGUGGCGUUGCUGCUGCAGCUGAGGGCAAACAGUCACACACUCAAACACCGCAGAGCAGACUCCUCCCGACCGCCGGACCGUUAAGAUCGGCCUCGUGUGUGCAUUUCAGCAAAGGGCGGUGUGGUUUUGUCACAUGCCACCGUAACAAUCCAACACACAGAAAUCACAAAAAGAAAGGACUGUUUUUACGGCGACACGCUCAUCUAACAGCACAUUUCUGACAACAUACGACGUGUAAGCUAACCCCACGUUAACGUUAACGACCGUGUUCGCCGGGUUUGACAACCAGCAUGCACUAAUUGUCUCUUCCUCUGCAAUUCCACCUUAAAUGUCUAUACUGCGUUGCCCUUAGCAACCCAGCAGCACACACACCCUCUCUCUCACACACGCACACAGACACACACACAUCAUGUGGUGUGUAUUGUGUGUGUUAUUGUUACAGGAAAUGAUGAUAAGAGGUCAUUGACUUGAGUCACUGUAUGCAAAAAUUUUAAUUUGCGAAUGUCAUUUUGUUUUUCUUCUCGUUGUUUUAUGGUUAAUUUAUAAUCCAGUUGUACUUUUGUUAUCUAGCUCGAAAGAAAACUAUUUAUUUUUCAGUUUCAUGUCAUAUCACCAUUCGCGGAGAGUGAUUUAGUAUUAUGGUUAAAGAAGUCGUGAUUUUUGUACCGAGGAAAUGUCCGCUCCGCUCUUUGGCAUCGUUUGUGUGUAAGGUGUGUUUCUACUUCAUGGUAACUUUGCAUUACUCACGAGGUCGCUGAUUCUGGUGUCAGCCUUGUUUUCUCUCUCUCUCUCUUUCUCUAAUGACUACAAUUCCCAGAUCAUGACCAAAGGGGUUUGCCCUUCAUGUGUAGAGAGAACUACAAAUAUGAAUGACAGGAGACCUGGACGCGGUGGACCAAUGAGAGCGGGUAUCCUCCCUCAUGUCCCUCCCCAGUGUCUCUUCUUCUAGGCUUUUUUUUCUAAUGUCCUGUCAUUGAUGGGGCCGAGUUGUCUGUGUGUUAUCUCGGUGUAAGAGAUGAAGUUUAUGAAAAACUAAUGAAAUUACAGUAAGGAAGAAGACAUCUUAAGGUGAUUUUUAUUUAUUUAUUGUCUCUGAGGGAGUCUGGACUCGGUGGCGCAGGAGACGAGUCUGCCACCUUUUGAUGCUGUGUGACUCUCAAUGUGAUGAUGAGAACAUGGAGGAGGGCGAUACUAGGAGUCAAUUGUGUACAAGUAAAACAAAAAACUAAAAUUAUAAACAAUUUUUGUUCUGUUUUUGUAUUAAAAUAUGCUUGCAGUAAAA